AUGGGAUCGCUUGCAUCUGAAUUGAAAUAUGGUCAACUUUGGCGGCAGGCCAACCUCACCACCCAAUCGGCUAGAUCUGGUAUGACCUCUAACCGCCUGUUCUCGGCUCGUGCCACUAUUCGCCGAGUUGUAUUCCCCAGCUCCACUCUCGAUAACUUGCGCAUGCCGACGGCCCCUGGCGCUGGCACCCUGGACGAAGCGAGUGCGCUUUCUGUUGUGCGAGCACAUCUACGGCGGCGAAACAACUUUAUUCGCCGUCUUGGAAAACGUCCGCCUAGGCCAUCACAAGAAAUUGAGUCACUCUUUGACGCCUGGUGGAGUUCGGAAGCCUGUGAAUCUAAAGAUGAGAAUAGCGGGGACUCUUCUUGGGGCAAAUGA